GGGAGGCUCAGAGCGUGGGGCGCCUGCCCGCGGCAGGAGCUGUCCGCGAGACCUAGUGCUGAAGUAGGUGCGGACGUGCCUGGCUCCCGGAGCCCGGUGCCAGGGCCAGCGAAGACCAUGGCGUUCAUGGUGAAGACUAUGGUGGGCGGCCAGCUGAAGAAUCUCACCGGGAGCCUGGGGGGCGGCGAGGACAAGGGGGACGGGGACAAAUCGGCGGCCGAAGCGCAGGGCAUGAGCCGAGAAGAGUAUGAGGAGUAUCAGAAGCAACUGGUGGAAGAGAAGAUGGAGCGGGAUGCGCAGUUCACGCAGAGGAAGGCUGAGCGGGCCACGCUGCGGAGCCACUUCAGAGAUAAAUAUCGGCUGCCCAAGAAUGAGACAGAUGAGAGCCAGAUUCAGAUGGCAGGUGGAGACGUGGAGCUGCCCCGGGAGCUGGCUAAGAUGAUUGCGGAGGACACAGAGGAGGAGGAGGAGAGGGCCUCUGUCCUCGGGCAGUUGGCCAGUCUCCCUGGCUUGGACAUCGGCUCACUCAAGGACAAGGCCCAGGCCACACUGGGGGACCUCAAGCAAUCAGCUGAAAAGUGCCAUAUCAUGUGACUACUCCCCCUGGGGUUGCCACUGGGGUGACCAGAGGGCUGGGGUCCACAUGAGGGUUAAGAGCAUGUCUCAAUGCCCAGGGACCCACACCCCAUCUUAGUUUUGUUUCCCCCCCAUCCCAUGUUAGUUCAGGACCCUUCUCAUCCAUGGCCCAAUCCUGCCUUCUGGUCUUUCCUUCUCCACUGGGACCAAAGUCCCCAUUCCUCUCUUUCCCUCAGGACCCACCCUCUCUACUCAGCUUGGAGAAGCCUCCUAAGAUUAUAGGAAUAUGCCCAUCCCUCUCUGGCCGUGGCCCUAAGUUCCUGCACACAGGAGCGCCCAUAGAGAGACCUAGAGAGACGUGGAAACCAUGGCAUGGGUGGAAGCUUGGGCCACAGACACAUCCUGGCAAACACAGACACACACACACACACACACACACAGGCCAGCCCCUCCAGACACCAACACUCAGACAUGCUUAGAGGGGUCUUUGGGCAGACACCCUCAGUAGACCAGAAGCCCAAGGUUGAGCCUCCAUGUUCAUUCUCUGUGAAAGCCACUGUUCUUUUUGGUCUUCACUGCAUCAUCUCUAAAAUGAGGAUGGACUGGGUAAUUUCUAAGACUCUUUCUGGCUUGGCCUCCUUGGCCCUCAGAGCCAACCCCGCACUCCUCCUUGGGCAGGACAACAGCUGCAGCCAUAGCCAGGAGCGGCUGCCACUGUGCCGUGGGCUCUGGCUCUCGGGAGCUGAGCGAUGCUGUGUGAGGGGCUGAGUGCCAAGGAUGAAGCUGGCACUGAACGGUAGCCCAGGCGGCUCCAGGCCUUCUCUGGACCCAGGCCCAGGCAAUUUCUGUUCUGUUCCUGUAGAACUCUCUCUGGAUUCCAUAGCUGGAUCUCCUCCGUCAGCUCCGUGAAAAAUAAAAAUUUGAAAUGAUGUACCUAUCUUCCCACUUCUUACAGACCUCCAGGAAUUUGGGGGUUAGUAGCCCCACAGUCCUCCUCACCCAUAGUUUCAUAACAAUGCCAGCCUCUGUAAGAUGUUCAAGCCCUACCCUUCUGGGCCCCUGGGCAAGGGCGGGGUUCCUGCAUAGAUGGAAGGUGCCAGGUCCAGCCUGGGGCUGGAUGAAACAGGUCUGGGCUUUGAGGAGAGGGUGUGGUAGCCAGCUGGAUGGGGGUGCAGUGGACAAGGUCGGGCCUCUAAGCCAUUACUUGGGACCCCAGGAGGGGCUCUGGUUCGAUCACAGCUGUCUCUGGCACCAACGCCUAUCCCCCCUUUUCACCUCGGAGAUGGAAGGUGUAACUAAGAGAAGGCAGGACAACCGCCUCCCAGUCUGGGCACCGCUGUAUGGCUUUGAGCGGGUCUCUUUCCCUCUGGAGUCUAUUUUCCCUGCUGUGUAAUGAAGAAUUAACCCCUCCUAAGUAAUAAGGUUUCAAAGGAUGACUGUUUGUAAAGCCUUUGGCGUGUGGCAAACCAUCAAUAAAUGACAACUGAUUCCUUA